UUGGCUGUGCGCAUGCGCCAUAGCGCAAAAUGGUAUUUAAAUAUAGGGUUAUUCCAACUCGGUACAGCGGACAAUCCGCGCCUUCUCUUCUCCGACACUGUCCUGUCUGUCUUAUAAGGAUGAUUUCUUGUGCAUUUCUAAUUUGGACGUUUCUUGCUGGAGUUGCAGCUCUGUUGUUUUACCAGAGACGGUUUUACCCUUACUUUUGGGAGGACUUGAUGUAUGGCUUAAAGGUCCGAAAGGUCGGGAAGGCGAUGAUGGCGAAGAUGGAACGAGGGGUUCUCACCUAUCUAGACCGCUUCGUUGACCAGGCAAAACAGACUCCUGGAAAGCCGUUCAUCGUUUACGAGAAGGAGGUUUUGACAUACAUGGAUGUGGACUUAAGGAGCAACAAGUUUGCGAAUGUUUUCCGGAAAGAUGUCGGUGUGAAACACGGUGACAUUGUCGCGCUUUGGAUGAGCAACGAGCCCGACUUCUUGUGCGCGUGGUUCGGGUUGUGUAAACUGGGCUGUGAGGUGGCCUUCAUCAACACCAACAUCAAAGCCAAAGCUCUUCUGCACUGUCUACAAAGCUGUGGGGCCAAAGUUCUCAUCGUAGGAUCUGAUUUGAUCCAAGUUUUGAAUGAUGUCCUGCCAGCUCUAUCGGAUAAUGACAUUAAUGUGUGGGUAACUGAAAAGAGCUGCUCAUGUCAGAGUGUCAGCACAUUGUUGGACAAAGUAGAGCUGGCCUCAGAAGAAAAGCCACAAGAUGACUUUCCCCUGCCAAAUCUCACAUCUAACUUCCUGUUCAUCUUCACCUCAGGCACCACAGGACUUCCAAAAGCUGCCAGAGUCAGUCACAUCAAGGCUGUGAUGAGCAUGGCCUUCUUCAGCCUAUGUGGUGUCAAUAGAAAUGAUACCAUCUAUCUCACCUUGCCACUCUACCAUAUGGCUGCCUCUCUGCUGGGUAUUGGCGGAUGCAUUGAUCUAGGAGCUACAUGUGUUUUAAAGAAGAAAUUUUCAGCUAGCCAGUUCUGGAUUGACUGCAUCAAGUACGAAGUUACUGUGUUCCAGUAUAUUGGAGAACUCUGUCGAUAUCUGAUCAAUCAACCCAAGACUCCAGAAGAGAUGGCACAUAAAGUGCGCAUUGCUGCAGGGAGUGGGCUUAGAGCAGAUGUCUGGAAGGAGUUUUCCAGACGCUUUGGGAAAAUACGGAUUUGUGAGGCAUACGGUUUGACCGAGGCCAGCAUUGGCUUUGUUAACUACACCACAGAAAUUGGACCCAUUGGGCGGGCCAGUUAUUUCAACAAGCGUAGUCUACCAUUUGAAUUUUUAAAAUAUGACCCAGAAACAUAUGAACCUGUCCGAACUGAUAAAGGCCGCUGUGUAAAAGUGAAUAAAGGUGAAGUUGGUUUGCUGGUUGCCCCGCUGUCUUUCACCAACCCCUUUCUUGGCUAUGCGGGGAACAAAACCAUGUCUGAAAAGAAGCUGCUGAGAGAUGUGUUUGAAGAGGGGGAUGUAUAUUUCAACACUGGAGAUUUGAUGCUUCAGGAUCACAGAGACUUUGUUUACUUUAAAGACAGGAUAGGAGACACAUUCAGAUGGAAAGGAGAGAACGUGGCCACUACUGAAGUUUCUGAAGUAUUAGGCUGUUUGGAGUUUCUGCAGGAUGUUAAUGUCUACGGUGUCACUGUUCCAGGCUACGAAGGAAGAGCCGGGAUGGCAGCUGUGGUCUUAAAGGAAGGCCACAACUUGGAUAGAGAAAGCAUUUUCAAUCAUUUGGUACAGAAUCUUCCAACGUACGCCUGGCCGUGGUUUUUAAGAGUGCAGACUUUCUUGGAUGUUACGGAGACCUUUAAGCAGCAAAAAAAAAAGCUUGUGGAGGACGGAUUCUGUCCUCAGGCUGUCCAAGCUCCACUCUACUUCCUGGAUUGCUCUAAGAAAGCCUACAUCCAACUCUCUCAGAGUAUUUAUGACGACAUUGUCUCAGGCAAGAUACGACUCUGAGCCUAUCAUUUACGGACAUGUGACAGAAUGUGUAUCUGGCAUGGGAUUGUUCCACAAUGCAGCAUGUUAAUCACUGUUUUUAUUAUUUUUGAGAGCUAAUGUAUUUUUUAGAAUAUUUUAAGGAAAACACUGGACAUUUCUCAGAAGCUUUUGACUUUUCACAGUGCUUAAAAAUGAUUUUUCAUUUUGUGGUGAAUGGUAUAGAACACUGUGAAAUAUAUUGAGAAUAUUCCAUGUGGAAGCUCAUGAGAAGUCAUUUCUACACCAUAUCUUGCUUUAGGAGCCCACAUUUUGUCUAAAGAAAAAAAAAUUGUCCAAAUAUAUUCCAAAAUCUUAUUGAAAUUUUUAAACGCUUCCAAUGAACUGGUAAUCUUUGGAGGAAACUGUUGAAACCUUUUUAUUUAAUUAUAAUGUUCACCUUUUUUUUUUAGUAAUUUCAUUUAAUUAUGUUUAACACUGCCCAGUAAAUACCUGCUCUACUGGAUAUUCUAGCUCACUUUAUUACUAUAAUAUUGUUUAUAUUUAGAGCAUAUAUUGUUAUAUAACUUGUAGAGAGACUUUUUUUCUAUAAUUGUAGUAGCAGAACCAAAGUCAUUUUAAUACCAGUUCAGUCAUUAGAUGUAAAUGUUGACAGUGUCUAUAAUACUAGGUGUAUUUUACUUGUAGAUCCAGUGUAGUGCAGGCAGUGAUUAAAACAUGGGAAAACUGGGUAAUAUAGGUAAGCAAAAGAUUAAACAUUUUGGGAGAAAAAUCAGAUGCUAAACAGACAGUACUGAUACUGACUCCAUAAUUGAAUACUGGCAAAUCUUUGUAAAGACAGAGCUUUUAAAGUGAUGCAUACACUUACUGUCCACUUUAAUAACACUUUGUGUAUACGCUUAUACACUAAGAGCUUCAGAUAAUGUUCACAUCAGAAUUGGGAAAAAGUGUAUUUCUGUGACUAAUCAUGGCAUGGUUGUUGGUGGCAGAAGGGCUGUUUUGUGUAGUUCAGAAAGUGCUGAUCUCCUGGAAGGUUAAACAGAAUGGGGUAAGAAACAAAAAAAAUCCUGCGAAUAGUGGAUCUUCUGGCACUGUUUAUGAUCAUGCUGAGCAGAAAAUGAUUUUCAGAUUCAUGUACUGUACAUGAAUCCUCAGGACAGUUACUUCCUGGCUGACAGGAGUGGAACCUGAUGCAGUUUUUCACCUAAUGGUUUGAUGUUUUGUGCAUUCUGCCUUCCACUUGUAAAGAUUGAUGAUAUGAGUUACUGUUUGCUUCCUGAUGGCUCAAAUCAAUCUGGCCAUUUUACUUGGACUUGUCGAAUCAACAUAGGUUUUUUCCACCCACAGAACAGAAACACUCAAGGUUUAUUAAUUAAUUAAUUUUUUUUAUAAUAUCUAAAGAUCAACAUAACUAAACUUUAAAGACUGUUGUCUGUGAAAUUCCCAAGAAAUCAUCAAUUUCUCAGAUAUUCAAACCAACCUGUGACAAUAACCUAGUCAUGGUUAAAGUCACAGAGAACACACUUUACCCUUGUGAUGUGAACAUUAACUGAUACUCUUUACAUGUAUGCAUGAUUUGUUGAUGUUCUGUGCUGCUGCCGCAUUAUUAGGUAGGUGUAUACAGUAGGUGUUCCUGUAAAAGUGGGCGGUGAUGGUGUAGUAUAUACAACGAGACAUCGCUUAUGUGAAUUAGUACUGUAGGUAGGUGAUUGAGAGCAGAGUAAAAUCUGGAAAUCACUUGCGGAUCUGCAUGAGACUGUGAAAAACUGCUAAGAAGUAAAAAUGCACGAAUACCACCUUUAAUUAAGUCAGGCCUGGAAUUAAUGGGACUUUUGGUUAAGAUUAGUUCCAAUGGUUAUGAAAAAUGUCUGUGUUUAUUUAACUCAAAUGCACAAAAAUAAAAACAUAUUGCUACAA